CUCCUCCUAUUCUAUUUGUUCCUGGUCGGUUCCUCCGUUCCAUUUGUCUCACUGAAGCAGAGCCUGGUAAAGCUCAAUGUGAUGAUUUGGGUCCACGGAAUGAUCGGUCCAUAACUACCGGGCGCGGCUCCGUCGAAUGCUGUCCCGUAGCAUCGCCCAACGACUGCCGCUCCACCUAAAACAGCAACUCCCCAGCAGUCCUCUUCUCUCUUCUCAUUUAAUUCGUGGAGGCAUGUGAAGGAAAGAGAGUGUAGUCUCAAUGGGGGCGGUCGGCGGCGAUGAGUUGGCGCGGCUGGAGGGGUUGGAGGCGGCGGCGGAGGCAGGCGGCGGCCCCGGCGGCGGCGGCGGAGGUGGGUUCGGGAAGGUGGAGAGGAUAUUGGUGUCGGUGAGGCUGAGGCCGCUGAGUGAGAGGGAGAUCGCGAGGAAAGAUCCCUGCGAUUGGGAAUGCAUCAACGACACCACCAUUAUUUUCAGGAGCAGCGUCCCGGAACGGGCCAUGUUCCCAACUGCCUACACAUUUGACAGAGUAUUUUGGUGCGAUUGCGCCACAAGACAAGUGUACGAGGAUGGAGCUAAAGAAGUUGCUCUUUCAGUUGUUAGUGGUAUAAAUUCUAGUAUUUUUGCAUAUGGGCAAACAAGCAGUGGAAAAACAUAUACAAUGUCUGGAAUAACUGAAUACACUGUCGCUGAUAUAUAUGACUACAUACGUAGGCAUGAGGAGAGAGCGUUCGUCCUGAAGUUCUCAGCAAUGGAGAUAUACAAUGAAGCCGUAAAGGAUCUCCUCAGCACAGACAGCACUCCCCUUAGACUUUUAGAUGAUCCAGAGAAAGGAACUAUAGUGGAGAAACUUACGGAGGAAGUCUUGAGGGACUGGAACCAUCUUAAGGAGCUCAUUUCUGUAUGCGAAGCUCAAAGAAAGAUAGGCGAGACCUCCCUAAAUGAAACAAGCUCGCGAUCCCAUCAAAUACUCAGACUGACCAUUGAAAGUUCUGCUCGUGAGUUUUUGGGAAAAGAGACCUCAAGCACACUCGUGGCCAGUGUGAAUUUCGUCGAUCUGGCAGGGAGUGAACGUGCAUCUCAAGCUUUAUCUGCUGGUGCAAGACUAAAAGAAGGUUGCCACAUAAACCGAAGUUUACUUACCCUGGGGACUGUUAUUCGUAAGCUAAGCAAGGGAAGAAAUGGGCACAUUCCAUAUCGAGAUUCAAAGCUGACUCGCAUACUAACCUUCCUUGGGAGGGAAUGCAAGAACUGCAAUUAUUUGCACAAUGAGCCCUGCACGAAGCCAUAUGAGCAAUCCAGGAAUACCCUUCUAUUUGCAAGCUGUGCGAGAGAAGUGGUUACCAGUGCACAGGUCAAUGUAGUGAUGUCUGAUAAGGCAUUGGUCAAGCAUUUGCAAAAAGAGCUUGCUAAAUUGGAGAGCGCAUUGAAAUAUCCAGGAUCAUCUUCCAGUAUUGAAUCAGUAUUAAAGGAGAAAGAUGCUCAAAUUAAAAAGAUGGAGAAAGAAAUAAGGGAACUGAUCCUGCAAAAAGAUCUAGCUCAAACUCGGCUAGAGGAUUUGCUCCAAGCUGUUGGGGAUGGUCGUGCUUCAACACGAUGGGAGGAGUCCAGCCAAACUUCGAUGUCCCAGUUACCUUAUGCAUGUGAGGAUGUACUUUCGGCAUCAGAGUCAUCAGAUGUUGCGGAUCAUGGUGUAAAUUUUGGCUCAGCAGAGUUGGGUACAUUAGAAAAUGAACAUUAUCUAUGUCAUGCUAAAAAACAAAACCAGGACGUUGCGUCACCUAGGCACCUAAUAACCAGUCCUGUUAUUGGACCAAUACUGCAUAAGGAUAGACCUGAGGUUGCUCAGAACCCUUGGGAAGAUUCUGAGGAUAUAUGCAAGGAGGUCCGCUGUAUUGAGAUGAAUGAGAAAAGCAGAAAUGGAGAUUCAGAAUCAUUAUUAACUGAAGAAAACAAAAAUCUGCUGCACCUGAGUAUAGAUUCUUUCAGACACGGAGGUCAAGAACCAAAACCAACAGGGCAGAUGGACUUUGAAACUCUUAGUACAAAUCCUCUCACCUUAGAGCAGCAUCUGCAGAAUGUGAGAAAGACACUUAACAGUAUUGUCAAAGCAUAUCCUGAAGGAUCAUCUCCAUGGUCGGCAGCACGGUCGGCAGCACGAGACAUAUCAAACUUUAGAGGCUUGGCACUGUACAGAAGUAAAAGUUGUAGGGAAACUCUGAUGAGCUCUUCUUCUUGGUUCCAGGAGGUAGAGCAGAAUGAUAGCACGCCUCCUGACAGAUCUUUAAAAGAUUUUCCUGGAAGGCCUGAAGGGUUUCAAAGAAGACAGAUUGCAUUAAAUUUUGAUGCUGAAAUGGAAAUACUUGCAAGAGAUGGAUCUCAGGCUUCUGGACAUAUUGCUCUUGAAGACCAGAGUGUUAAGACUGAUGCUGAAGGGAACAUCAUCAGCAUCCAUGAUUUUGUUGCAGAACUUAAGGAGAUGGCUCAAGUUCAGCAUCAGAAAAAACUCGCUGUGGGUCAGGAGAUGGAACAGAAUGCUAAUGAAGACUUUGGAGUUGAGGGAACUGUAAAGAGUGUAGGCUUGGAUCCAAUUUUAGACCCCUUGCAAUCUCCUUCAAGAUGGCCACUGGAAUUUGAGAGAAAGCAACAAGAAAUUAUUGAGCUUUGGCAUACAUGUGAUGUCUCCUUAGUCCACAGGACUUAUUUUUUCCUUCUCUUCAAAGGCGAUCCCACAGAUUCUAUUUAUAUGGAAGUGGAGUUCAGGAGGUUAUCCUUUCUAAAGAGCGCUUUCUCCCGGGAAGAUAUUGAUAAAGCUGCAGGUGGCGGUCAGAAUAUUACUCCGUCAUUGAGUAUGAAGAAGCUUCGGCGUGAAAGGGAAAUGCUCUGCAGGCAGAUGCAGAAGAGGCUUUCAGCGGAAGAAAGGGAGAGCCUCUACACCAAAUGGGGGAUUGCAUUAGACUCCAAACAGAGGAGACUACAGCUUGCUCGGCGCCUUUGGACUGAAACUGGAAAUCUGGAACACGUUAGAGAGAGUGCAUCUCUCGUCGCAAGGCUGAUAGGACUCCUAGAACCAGGGCAGGCGCUUAAGGAGAUGUUUGGGCUUAGCUUCACACCCCAACAAUUUCAUCGGAGGUCAUACCGCUGGAAACGCGGAAUGUCUUCUCUCAAAAUGGGCAACACGUGAAAAUUGUCUCAACUUGCCAAUUAAGCUCCAUCGUUCAUGCGUUGAGGUCAAUUAAACUGUUUCUUAUUGUAAUUCUUUUGUUCUGAUUGAAAUGUAGACAGGUUUGUAAAUCAAGUGGGAUUAACCGCAUGAUAUUGUGGAUUGCUGCUGCCUUCCAAUUGUUGCUCAUUCUUUUGUUGACAGUAGCAUGUUAGUGAUGGUGUGGAUAUACAAGUAAAAACGCUUACAUCUUUCAGUUUA